ACGUGUCAUAAGACGCAUCUAUCUCAGAAAGGAGGAGUCGUCUUCUUUCCUUCUCUCCUUCGACAAUUCCGUGGCUCUCGAUUCAAACCUCGACGGCUCUGCGAUUCCUCGUGAUACCUCGAUUGACUCUGGAUCUCUCUUUCUCUUCCUCGACGAAUCCCCGUUUCUAUCGCGAAACCUCGACGACUCCGCCUCGUUCUCGCGAAACCUCGAUGACUCCACCACUGUCUCCUGAUCUUCCCCCGACGAUGAAGCCGUCGGCGUUUCUCUCGGUGGACUCCUCGUCUCCGUCGCUCUCCUACACAGUGCUGUUGUCUCUCUCGGUGGAUCUCCUCGACGGUGACAAACUUGUACCUCUCUCUCGGUGGCCGUCUGGGAGGAAACCAAAUCGGAAGGUAAAAGACUUCAAUGGUUAUGGAUCGUCUUCUAGGUUGAAGCACGAGCAGAUGAAUGAGUCUGACCCGAUUAAUGAAGUUGUGUCUUCGGUGAAGAUGUUGACGGAGAUGUUUGUGAGGGUGGAGAAGUCGAAGAUGGAGAUGGUGAGGGAGAUGGAGAAGACGAGAAUGGAGAUGGAGCUGAAGCAUUGACAGAUGAUGCUUGAGUCGCAGCAGCAGAUCAUAGGCGCCUUUGUUGAAGACUUGAAGCAUUGAGCGAGAAAAAGAGCACAAACGCAAGGAGGCCGGGGUCGUAGUUUCUUAUUAACGUGAACGUACCAAAUAUGGAUGGUAUAAUUAAUGGGGGAUCAAAUAGCUUUUGAGUGUCCAGCGUGGCCCAAGCACAUCUUCGACAGUGAGAUAAUCCCUCCCUCUACAAGGGGUUACUAUAAGAACUUUUACGAGACACUACAAAAAAACGUAACCUUAACGAGGAAAUUUAACGAGGAAAAAGAAUCCUCGUAAAAAAACGUUGAUUUUGCCAG